UUAGAUUAGCCUCCCAAACCAUUAGGAGGCAGCGAAACCAGGAAGAGAUUAUCAAUGCUGUUUGCUUUGCAGUGUUGGUAUAGUCGCCGGUAAGGGUACUCUAAAAUGCUUGAAAUUUGAGCUGAUGAGUUUAGCUAAGACAGGAAACUUAACGUAGCUAGCCAAGCAAAAAUGGGUUUGGUUUUAGGACGAACAUUCCAUACUCUGCCUUGAUCAAUGAUCUUUCUACGUUCACGCCCCCCAAAUUGAAAUGGACGACAUACCACCAAAAAGUAAUAGAAUAAUCAAGGAGGGAGUUCUAGUAAAGAAGGGACAUAAACGCCACAACUGGAAAUCAAGAUGGUUUGUUCUUUCAGAAGAUGGUUUAUAUUACUACAAAUCUAAAAAGGAUACAUCUCUAAAAGGUGAUAUCAAUUUAAGAGGAUGCUGCAUUAUUUCUCCUUGCCCUGAAUACACCAAAAAGGAUUGCGUGGUCAGACUUAUUGAGCACAAUGGAAGGGAGUUUCUUAUACAAUGUGGAGAUAAACAAAUCCAGGAUGAAUGGACAAAAGCAAUAGCAGAAGUGAUCAGAAACCUAGAAAUGAUAACUGAAUCAGAAAAGGGAGAAGCAGAAUGUACAGAAAAACAUUUACUCGAUGAAGAAAUAUCAGAUGCCCAAAGUAUAUUUGAAAGCAAAGUGACAUAUUCGGAACUGCUUGAUGCAAUGCAAGACAGUGAGGCAGGGGUCCCUUUGCAAAGUUUUGAAAUCGACCAGUUUAUGUAUAAACUCUGUUUUACAGGCAAAGACGUCAUUGAUUGGCUGCUGCACUGGGAUUUUGUGAAAACACGAUCAGAAGGAGCCAUAGCCUGCGGGGAAUUGUUAGAGAAAGCUCAUCUGCAUCCAGUUGGACCUUUGAGCAGAACAUCAGUGAAACGAAAAGAUGCCAGAAGGAAGUUCUGUGAUGAUGUUCAAGCACUCUAUCGAUUUUCUGCCCUUACAAAGGGUGAUGACAGUUUGGAUAUGAUUUUCGAAGAUGACUCGAGUGAUUCAGAGGAAGAAUCGUCGACCACUGAUUCGCUUUCUGAGAGUGACAUCGGAUACAUUGUCAAAGAAGGUUUUCUCUUGAAAAAGGGUCAUUUGAGACACAACUGGAAAAUCCGAAACUUUAUCUUAAGCGAAAAUCCACUUGGUAUGAUGUAUUUCAAACCAUCAAAGCCAAAAACUCCUCAAGGCCGAAUUUCACUUGAUGGCAGUAAACUCUUUGAUAACGUUAAUGAAAAGCUAGAAAAAGAUGCACAGUGCAUCCAGGGUGGUUGCAUGAAAGCAGCAUCAUUGAAGGGCUAUCGUCACCAAUUUGACAUUGAGACGAAAAAGGGAGUUCUGUAUCAGCUUAAAGCCGACAGCGAGCUGGAGAAAAAAGACUGGGUUGAAAGCAUAAGGUUGUCCUGUCAGAGAGAAAGUGGGCGCUGUUUUUCUAUUUAACGUCGAUGUAAUUUAUAGAAAGUAUUAUGCAGUAAACAGAAAAAGAUUGCUGUGAAACUGACGAUGAAGUUGGAUUUUUAUGGGGGAAUAGUUAUCUUAAAAGCGGUACAUUAAAAGUUAUGGGGGUAAUUGCCAGGGUACGUCAGGCAGUUAAAGUGACAUGACAACCAUGGCUACUGUUAGCAAUCGUAAGUAUAACGUCUUUAAAUUAAUCAGUACUUAUAACUGGAUUGGUCAGUUGACAGUUGAUGAGAAACUGCUAGAAUUCAGUACCAGAUCUCUGCGUGUAAACGCACCGGAACAAGAACCUUAACUUUCGUCGCUUGGGCCCUAGGCCGCUCUGCUCUAGAGGUGUACGUACGCACAAGGACCGCGGAUCAUAUUAUAGAUUGAGGGGGCUAAAACAUUUUUUGUUGGAGGGGGGCUAGACAUUCUUAAAACUCAGAGCAGGAGGAUUUGUGGUAUGACUUUAACUACAUUUUGGAAUAUUAUUGGGUAGGCUAAAGCCCCCGUAGCUCCCCCUUCCUUCCGCGGUCCCUGCUUACGCAAGGUACUUAUUCUUAUGUAUUUAUCAAUGUCGUUAGAAUGCCAAGAAGAUUCCAAGGCCGUCCGCCCUUGUGCCUAGACUAUCAAAAAAUGGUAAUAAUAUGCUCUAAAGCAACGCAUAAAGGCUUACCUUUUUUGUUCCUUUGAAACUCCUAUACACUCAUUUUUUAAUAAGAAACAAAAGUCAACGGCAAGUACUCCAACUUCUUACUCUCUAGAAAAUUCCAAUACUCAUUGUUUCUUAAGGUUUUCUGAAUUACAAUUUCCUUAACUAUAACAUUCAGGGUCCGUACCCUAGUGGAUUUUGAUGAGGUUCCCAACUGGCUUUUUCUAACAAAUAAGGAAUGCAAAGAAAUACCGAUUUUAUAAUUACGCCAAUGUAGCUAUAACUUAAUUAUCAGUUGGUUGCUUGAAUUAUUGUCAUAUUUUGUAACCAUAUUUACAAACGUUGAGCAGGUUAUAUACAAAGAAACAUUUUUUUUCAAUUAUUUCCGUGUCAUUAAUAAUCUCCGUGUUUUUAGGGAAGGAAUAUUUAAGUUUAAAUCUAGAAUAUAUGCAGUAAAUUGUAAGUGAGGUGCGUAAAAUUUAGCUGCUUCGUUUAUCAAAGUUUUGAAUUACAAAAUUAUGGGGA